AUGUCGAAAUCGUCAUCCCCUGAAGACCAACCGCCAGUGCACCAAAUUCCAACUUUGGUAACCAGCUACAUCCAUGAUAACAGCGAUGAGUUUGAGGUUGCCAACGUAGUCAUUGGAAUUGCCACCGUCAUAAUCGCCCUUCUUGCCCUUUCAAAGACUUGGAGGUUUUGGAAAGGGUGGAAAAACUGGAGGAGGAGGAACAGAACCGGCAUCCAGAAUAUUGACAGCGAGAACCCUGCAACUAUUCCUCUCAAUCAUCAAGAGAUCUACUACGAUUUUAGCAACAAUGUUCACAUUUUGUAUAACCGCAAUGCAGAACAGAUCGUGUAUCGUGAACCAGAGGAAAUACAGGGUAUGAGGGGUCUGCUCUGGACGUAA